GGAAAGAUGAAGACUGCGGUCGGUUCGUUCCUUCUUUUGCUCGUCGUCAGCGGCGUUGUCUCCGUCGAAUGGAAGCACAGUGCUGUCCUGGAUAACAAUUUCUUGGUGCUGUGGACGCCGGAUGAGAAGGACGUUACAUUCGAGAUUCAAGUGAAGACCCUCGGCUACGUUGGGCUCGGUUUCACGAAGGACGAUGGUCGCGCCGGAGCUGACAUGGUCAUUGGAUGGGUCGAUAACAACGGCCAGGUUCACCUUCAGGACCGGCACGUGAAGGACGCCAGCAAAGAUCCGCAGAUGGAUUCGAGCCAGGACUACCGACUCUUACUGGGUUACGAGAACAAGACGCACACAGUGCUCCGCUUCAGUCGACGAUACGACACAUGCGACCCUCGGGACCUGAAGAUCACGAACGACACGAUGCAAGUGGUGUGGCAAUAUCACGUCGAGGAGCCGGUAUCAGCGGCCGGUAUCUUACCUGAUCACGGAGCAGUGCGAGGCUCGAGACCGUUGUAUCUUGUGCAAAGAGACGCACAGCCCAGACGAAAUUCGCGUAAUCAGGAAACGGAUCCACCUCUGAAGAUCUGGGACAUUCUGAACAAACAGGUUCGUUUACCCAUGGGGCAAGACAUGCUGCUCUGGUGCCGUAUCGUGAAGAUUCCGAACAUUAAUCAGAAACACCACGUCGUGAAGUACGAACCAGUUAUUCAACCGGGAAGCCACGAAUACCUUCACCACAUGAACCUGUACGAGUGCCGCGGAGAUCAAGCCGAAUUGGAAUCCGCGGCAGAAACGACUGGAGGUUAUGUCUGUUAUGGUCCUAAUAGACCCGCACUCCACUGCAACACGAUCGCAGCCACUUGGAAUCUCGGUUCUGAGGGCUUUAAUUAUCCGCCGGAGGCCGGAUACGCACUCAAUCCGUACACGGGGCCGCGCUACUUCAAGUUGGAAACCCACUACACGAAUCCGCAGCUGGACGCCUUCAUCAGCGACAGCAGCGGUCUGCGUCUUCUCUAUACCGAUCGACUGCGCGCCCAUGACUCUGGUAUCCUCAGUGUUGGCAUGGACCCGAACUGGCGGCAUAUCAUACCGCCCGGUCAGCCCGAGGUGAUCUCCGAGGGCCACUGCAUCACCGAUUGCACCGCUCGGUUCAUACCGAACAGCGGCAUUAACAUGUUCGCCGUGAUCAUGCACACCCACCAGCUCGGCAGAAAGAUCCGCCUGCGGCUGAUCCGCGCCAGCGAGGAGCUGCCGCUGAUCGCCGCCGACACUAACUACAAUCCCAAGUAUCAGGAGUAUCGAAGGCUUCAAAGACCGGUCAAGGUGUACCCGGGGGACCAUUUAAUCACCGAAUGCACGUACUCGUCCGUAUCUCGUACGGCCAUUACGCUCGGUGGCCAGGGAAUGAGAGAAGAAACUUGCCAAGUGUCCAUUCUCUAUUAUCCUCGUAUUGAAUUAUCCCAUUGUUAUUCAUUGCCUUCGCUAACGACGGUGCUGCACAGCUUGGGAAUCCAGAGAUUAAUGCAGGCUUCCAGUCCGGUGAUGAUUCAGGAGCCCGCGGACCUGAAGGGCAUGACGCUCGAGGAACGACUAAUCAGCUACGACUGGGACGAGAAUUUCCGAAACUUCCAGGAUGUCACUCGAAGUGGCACGUUUAAACCGUUAUGUGCCACUAAUAAAGGCGCUCUGGCCGCAACAGAAAGCAUGGAGGUACACUACCCACGCAUCCUCAGACCCUACGAGGAAGUGAGUGUGCCCUGUGCGAAGAAGCCAUUGAGAAACAAAUUAUCGAUGUUGUUGAGCGAGGACGGCGAUAUUGGUGAGCCCGCUGAUCCUGACAACGCAGUCGAGCGGGGUCAAUUGGUGCGUAGUAAAGUGUCCCGCAGCAGCGACGCGGGUCCCACAGCUGGUAGUUCCGGCGGUCGUACAGUAUCGGCGGCAGUGAUCCUGGCGGUCGUCACUGUUGUCGCCGGCGCUGCAUUCAGAUGA